AUGAUUUUCAUUGGAGCUCUUAAGGAAGAAAUCCAACAUAAUGUUCUAAUGUUUCACCCCACCACCCUCAUGAAAGAUUUUACUCUAGCAAGGUUGCAGGAACAAUCCUUACUUCAUCAACAAAAACCUUCAAAACCCACCACAAAUUUUUUUUCCAAUUCUUUUUCUAUGGGAAAACCAACCUACCAGUCUAGUUUGUCACCCCACCCACCAGCCUUUCCACCAACAAAUCCUAAACCACCACCAGCACCACUUCUUCCUAAGUCAAACCCUACCCACCCUCCCAUUAAAAGAUUCACUUCUGAGCAAAUCAAACUCAGAAAGGCACAAGGAUUGUGCUACAAUUGUGAUGAGGUGUAUAGACAAGGUUAUGUUUGCAAAACACAACAACUAUUUUGGAUAGUUGCAGAAGAGGAGAGUGCUGAUACCAUUACUGAAGAGGACAUACCACAUGAAGAAGAGAAUGAUUCUCCAAUUGACAUUUACAUGGAAAUUUCUCUUCAUGAUUUAACUGGUACUAGUAUAGGGGACACUACUAGAGUUCUUGGUCUUCUGCAGAAACAUAAUAUCUAUAUUCUUAUUGAUACUGGCAGUACCAACAUUUUUAUAGAUUCAGCUUUAGCUGAGAAACUACACUGCAUUAUUACUCCUACUACUCAGUUGGCUGUCACUGUGGAAGAUGGUGCCAAAACUUUCAGUUCAGGCAUCUGCAAGGCAUUACAAUGGACAAUGCAAGAUCAUACAUUCUCUGGUGAUCUUAGGCUGCUUCCCUUAGGUGGCUGUGAUAUAGUGCUGGGUGCUGACUGUAUAAGACAGUUUGGUAAUGUACACUUUAACUUCAAAACCUUGAGUGUUUCUUUCCUGCAUCAGGGUGUACAUAUUACUCUCACUGAAACACCCACCCCUACAUCACAUCCUCCAAAAUUUUCUUCUUUAUUGCAAGAUUUUCAAGAUGUUUUUGUAGAACCUACAUCUUUACCACCUCACAGAAAUCUUGAUCACACUAUUCCUCUAAAGCCCAAUUCCGCACCAGUCAAUCAAAGACCUUACAAGUGCCCUUAUGUCCAUAAUAGUGUCAUUGAAGAUUUGAUUCAAGAUAUGUUACAUCAAUGCAUCAUACAACCAAGCCAUAGUCCAUUUGCCUCUCCAAUUUUAUUGGUCAAGAAGAAGGAUAAUAGCCGGAGGUUUUGUGUUGACUAUAGGAGGUUAAAUGAUCUCACCAUUAAGGAUAAAUUUCCAAUUCCUAUAACUGAUGAGCUUUUGGAUGAGUUACAUGGUUCUGCAGUUUUCGCCAACAUUGAUCUCAGAUCAGGGUAUCACCAAAUCAGAUUGUUCCCACCUGACAUACCCAAAACAGCAUUCAGAUCUCAUCAAGGUCACUAUGAGUUCCUUGUCAUUCCUUUUGGCCUCACCGAUGCUCCUGCCAUAUUUCAGGCACUCAUAAAUGACAUCUUCAAACCUUUCUUGAGAAAAAUUGUUUUGGUUUUCUUUGAUGAUAUCCUUGUUUAUAGUCCAGAUAUGGAAUCAAUUUACUUCACCUCCAACAAGUACUCUCUGUUUUGA